AUGCAGGAGGAGGUGGUCAAAGAAUCAUGGAUAAAAUGGCUAAGAGAUAUGGACCUUAACAUGACCUUAGACGACUGGGAGAAAAUUUGGAAACGGAACGUUAAGCUAACCUUGCCGGCCUUGUACAAAGAAAACUUGUACAAAAUGAUCCAUCGCUGUGUACGGACUAGUUAUUAUCAACAUGCCUUGGCUUUGGCAUUUACUGUGAAAGAACUCAAUGAAAACCUCCAGCUCUUGCCCAAUGUCACCUUGGGCUUCCACAUACGUGACACUUACCUUAAUGAACGAGAGACUUAUCAUGCUGCAUUACAACUUCUCUCUACGAAGAACAGAUUUAUUCCCAACUACAAGUGUGACCUCCAGAACAAUCUGAUAGCAGUUGUUGGAGGAGCUGAAGCGAAAACGUCUCUCUACAUAGCAAAUGUGUUAUCUAUCUACAACAUUCCACAGCUCACCUACAGUUCUACGUCAUUAAUGAAUGAAACCUUGUCAGGACUUUCCACUUAUCAGAUGGUGCCAAAUGAAGCCCAGCAGUACAAGGGCAUCCUGCAGUUAAUUCUGCAUUUCAGGUGGACAUGGAUUGGGUUUAUUACUGGGGAUGAUGAACGUGGGGAAAGAUUUCAGCAUGCCAUGUUUCCUCUGUUUUAUCAGAAUGGCAUCUGCGUGGCCUUCAUAUCAGAACUCCGCCAGAACUUUAUGAUAAGUUCUUAUUUUGGCAAGAUGGAACAUGCAUUGAAACAUUAUGACAUUGUAAUGGAGAGUAAGGCUGAUACGCAAAAGAAGGACUUUGAUAAAAAUUGCACUGGGGAGGAGAAACUGGAGAGCCUUCCAGGUGAUGCUUUUGAAAUGAGUAUGACCGGUACUAGCUACACUAUCUAUAAUGCUGUCUAUGCUGUAGCACAUGCUUUACAUGACCUGUAUUCAUCUCCUUAUGGACACAGAAGAAUGCUGAGGAGGAAGAAAUACAGCCUGUUCCGUCAACCGUUAUGGCAGAUAGCCAGUAGUCCUUCCGUUUCAGUCAGUCUUUUUCAAGAAUCGCCCCCACCAGUUAAUUUAAGCAGCUCUGUCAAGAAGCAUUCACAGCAGCUUCAUCGCUAUCUGAAAAGCAUCUCAUUUAAUAACAGUGCUGGGGAAACAAUUUCAUUUGAUGCCAGUGGAAAAGUCACAACAGGGUAUGAUAUUAUCAAUUGGCUUGCUUUCCCAAAUGGAUCUUUUUUCAAAGUGAAAAUUGGAGAGAUUCAUCCAGAAGCUCCUCCAGACCAAAUGCUUACGAUUAAUGAAGAGAGGAUCACAUGGAACAGCUGGUUUAACAAGACACAGCCGCUUUCUGUCUGCAGUGAAAGUUGCCAUCCUGGUUCGAUGAAGCAAAGGAAGGAGGCGGAGCCAUUUUGCUGCUAUGAUUGUAAACCAUGUCCAAAAGGGAAGAUUUCUAAUCAGAAGGACUUGGAUGACUGUACCCAAUGCGGACAAGAUCAUUAUCCAAAUGUGGGACAAAACCAAUGUAUUCCCAAACACAUCACUUUUUUGACUUAUGAAGAGCCACUGGGGAUCACUUUGGUGACUCUUGUCUUUUCCUUUUCUUUCAUCACUCUUUUCGUGCUAGGAAUCUUUAUCAAGCACCACAGCACCCCCAUUGUCAAAGCCAACAACAGGAACCUUACCUAUUCUCUCCUGAUCUGCUUCCUCCUUUGCUUCCUUUGUGCUUUGAUCUUCAUUGGUCAACCACAACUGGUGUCCUGUCUCCUCCAACAAGUCAUUUUUGGCAUGGUCUUCUCAGUUGCCAUUUCUUGCGUGUUGGCAAAAACUCUCACAGUGGUUCUGGCUUUCCUAAGCAUCCAACCAGGAAGCAGCCUGAGGAAGUGGGUGGGGAAAGGAGUGGGCAAUUCAAUUGUGAUUUCCUGUUCCUUUAUCCAAGCAGUCCUUUGUUUUGUGUGGCUGGCCACUUCUCCCCCAUUUCCAGAUGCUGACAUGCAGACAGAGACUGAAGCAGUUGUACUGGAAUGCAAUGUGGGGUCUGUUACCAUGUUUUACUGUGUUCUGGGCUACAUGGGCUUCCUGGCCAUUGUGAGCUUUGUGGUGGCUUUCUUGGCCAGGAAGCUACCUGACAGUUUUAACGAAGCCAAAUUCAUCACUUUCAGUCUAUUGGUUUUUUGCAGCGUUUGGAUCUCUUUUGUUCCCACCUACCUGAGCACCAAGGGAAAAUUUAUGGUUGCCGUGGAGAUCUUCUCCAUCUUAGCCUCCAGUGCUGCCCUUCUGGGUUGCAUCUUCGCCCCCAAAUGUUACAUUAUUUUGCUGCGGCCUGAGUUGAAUAACAGGGAUCAUCUGAUAAGAACAAAAGGAAAGUAA